GAGGCAACAAACUGAAGAACCAGCAGUACCGUCUGAACUGGGCUUGGAUCUCUCUGGAGAAGGAGCACUAUGUGGUGGAUGAAGAGGUCAAGUUUCUGGAGGUGGUGCUGAAACGUCGGGGCUACCUCGGGGAGACUUCCUUCGUUAGUAUUGGCACAAAGGAUGGCACUGCAGAGAAGGAUAAAGACUUCAGAGGGAAAUCUCAGAAACAGGUGCAGUUUAACCCGGGCCAGACCACAGCCACCUGGAAGGUGCGGAUCCUGUCAGAUAGCGAGCAUGAAGUGUCUGAGAGCUUCCAGAUCGUUCUGUCUGAGCCGGUGAUGGCAGCCAUUGAAUUCCCGCUGUUUGCUACUGUGGAGAUCCUGGACCCCGAUGAUGAGUCAACAGUGUUCAUCCCCUCAGCUGAAUACAACAUAGAGGAGGACAUUGGAGAGCUGCUGAUCCCAGUGCACAGGAGUGGAGAUGUCAGUCAGGAGCUCAUGGUCAUCUGCUGCACACAGCAAGGUAACAAGCACUGUGGGGGGUAAAAUAAGCUUAUUUCAGGACAGGAUAUGUAAAGAGGAUGCAGAAAAACUCCAGUCAGAUCUCAGAGAAAUGCAAAGAUGGUCCGAGUGUUGGCAGCUCAAAUUCAAUGCAGCAAAGUGCAAAGUAAUGCACUUAGGUUUUCUGAAUCAAAAUAUGAGUAUAAUAUGGGUGAUAAUUCAAACACUAUAAACCUAUCCGAGACUCAGAAUGAAAAGGACCUUGGUGUGAAUGUUGAUAAUACCCUGACAUUUAGUGACCAUAUCCGCCGGGCAAGUAACAAAGCG